AUGGCCCGCCUUGGUGAAUCGUCGAGUGACGAUAACCUCAACACCACCAAGCGUGCUAAGGAUACCACUCAGCCCAACAGCCCAACUAAGCAGCGCCCCGCGAGGGUCCGCCGCUCUACGCUGCCCGAGGACUUCGACUUGGAGUUUGAGGAAGAAGAGUUGCAGGAUGAAUUGGAUACAGCGGAGACUCAGACUCAGGAAGAACCAGGAUUGCGCGAGCGCUACGCCACCUUGAACCGAAAGAAGGACGAAGGACCCCCGGAUCAUAGCAUUAACGCCUUCAACCUUGGUGCCUUCUUCCCUGAAGAUGCUAUAUACCAGCAUAACGACAACCCCGAGGACCUGAGGGUCCGCAUCGAGCUUCCUAACAAGCCAGCUGUUAAGGAAUGUUAA